ACAGAACCAUUUGAAUCCGUGGUGCUCACCAUUGCGCAAUUACUUGCAUAAAAUCUCUGCACAAAUCAAAGAAUGUCUGCAUCGCUGGCUACCCACCCCCAAACACUACGGUCCUACCUGUCCAAAUGGCGAGAAAUGACUCUCGGGAAACCGCCUCGGCGUUGAUAGAGCAAGUGGCUUCAGAGAGCAGCUCGUCAAUUUUCGUCUAUGACCUUGCAGAACAUGCUGGUUUUGGACUUCUCACUAAGCAGGUGAAGGACAAUGACAGGAUACCUUCAAACGUUGUCGGCCUUCAGACUCGAUCAGGAGCAGGUUUGAAUCUCGUCGGACGACUUUCAGAAGAAGGGACCAGCAAAGAUGUUCACCAGGUAUCCGUACUCACUGCGUACACGACACCCAGCGGAGUAGCUGCAAUGGCCCCGUCUUUUGCAUUUUUCCCUCAGCCUACAGCUUCGAGCAGGGUAGUGCUUCAAGUGCCGACGGUUACACCCGUUGGUCAGACACUUGAGUUAUCACCAACGUUGGCACCAUUGAACUCGAUUCUUGGGAGCCUUCCGGAAUCGUUUGCCAUCUUGCUGUCGUCUUCUCCACAGGAGAGCAUUGAUCUUGCUUCUGCCGCAUACACGAUUGGAAACACGCAUGUCGUCCAUCUGUUCGACCAUUAUAGUGCCGGAAGAGAACUUGGCCACCCGCUUGUUAAGCCGGUCGUACCGAAGAACUCGGGUAAUCUCGGCGUACAGGAUGCGCUCAAGGCAGCUGGCUAUGCAUUCUUUGAUUAUGUCGGGGAUGCAAAUGCGACAGAAGUCUUAGUGCUCCUCAAUGGCCCGCUUGCAUCGGCAGCCCAGUUCUUCGCAAAGAACAAGUCGGGUUUCGGAGUAAUCAUAGUCCGUGUUCUCAGACCUUGGGACGAAGCACUUUUCCUCUCCGCCCUUCCAAAGACGGUCGAGUCCGUUCGUGUUGUGGACGAAGUUCUGACGGAGGGCAUGCAGGGUGUGCUCUACACGGAUGUAUUCGCAACUUGCCUUGGCUCGAAGACCGGAAGACCGACUGUUCGCUCCGUCAGGGUUGUACCCUCACUUACACAGAAGUUCCUCAAGUCGCCGUCGAGCUUCGCGUCUUUCUUGGGUAGCCUCGUGCAUGCAUCUCUUUCAUUACCCGCUCAAGACGUAAACUUGAGGAAACUGCUUUUCUUUGAAGCACCGUCGUCCCCGCUUGCGAGCCUUCCGCAUCACGUUGUCAACACGUUUAAAGCAAACAGGACCGUCCAGACUCGCGCGAUAACGGAUUGCGAUGUUUUCACCAAACCUGGUGGAAUUGCAGCCACCCGGAUCAUUCUUUCUUCGAACGACGGCGCCAGAGACUUCGUACCCCUUCACGUUCACCUACCAUUAGGCGAGGGAAGGGCGCACGAAGAGGAGGCCAACUUCAUCGCCGUACUUGACCAAAGUCUCGUCAAAUCGCAUUCUAUUUUAAGCUAUACAAAACCAAACUCCGUAGUGCUAUUAUUUUCGUCCUGGACGAAUUUGGAAGUAUUGAACAAUCUUCCCAGCGAGGUUCUAUCAAAUCUUCGCGACAAGAGUGUGAAGAUCUACACUAUUAACGUAAAAGCAUUAGAAGCACAUGCUAACGCGGGGAACAUCAUUGGACAUCUGGCCUUUCUAAGACUUUAUUUAGGUCCUGUGGCUACCGAGGCACUCCUCAGGAAGCUCGCUCAUAGCAUAUACGGGACUUCUAGCGCUUCUCUGAACCUCGAUAAGUUGAAUGCAAAGGCAUGGGCUGCAUUAGAGGAGGUGGACAUUACCGAGCCGGGAGAAUUAUCGGCGGCGGACGAGGGAAAAGUUGAAUUGAAGUCGUUUGAGUUUAAUGCCAUCAGUGCCGAUGGUUUCGAGCUUGACCAAUCGUCUCUGCCGGGUGCACAUAUUAGUUCCUGGCACGAAGCGGCUCGCCACAUCCUCUUUCCCGAUGCAUUUGUCCCAGCGAAUGAAAGGACGACCGAGGAGGAGUAUCCACAGAACCCUGCCCUUCGGCCGGAGCUCCCCGAGCGGACUUUCCUUGUAACUUGCAGUGUAAAUCGCAGACUUACGCCAUUGGACUAUGAUCGCAAUGUCUUCCAUCUUGAGUUCGAUACUUCUGGGACAGGUCUGAAAUAUGCGAUUGGCGAGGCUCUCGGUGUGCACGGGUGGAACGACACGGACGAAGUCCUAGAUUUCUGCAAGUGGUACGGCGUGGAUCCCGACCGCCUCAUCACUAUUCCAGUUCCGGGUGCAGAGGGAAAAGUGCAUACCCGUACUAUUUUCCAAGCGCUCCAACAACAGAUCGACCUAUUCGGCAAGCCACCGAAGAGUUUCUACGCGGACCUUGCCAAUCAUGCCACCUCGAAAAACGACAAGUUAACACUGCAGUUUGUCGGGUCUCCAGAGGGAUCGUCCAUGUUCAAGAAGUUAUCUGAAAAGGAUACUGUUACGUUCGCGGAUGUACUUUUGAUGUACAAGAGUGCGAGGCCAAGUAUUGAGGUUCUGUGUGAGAUGAUUGGAGAUAUCAAGCCGAGGCAUUAUAGUAUUGCGAGCGCGCAGAGCGUUGUUGGUGAUCGGGUGGAUCUGCUUGUGGUGACUGUUGAGUGGGAGACACCUUCAGGUUCGCCACGAUUCGGUCAAUGCACACGAUACCUCGCUGGGCUUAAAGUAGGCCAAAAGGUCACCGUCUCGAUCAAGCCAAGUGUCAUGAAGCUUCCCCCAGACGACAUGCAACCCCUCAUCCUCGCCGGACUCGGCACAGGCGCAGCUCCCUUCCGCGCCUUCCUCCAACACCGUGCUCUCCUCUCCUCACAAAACAAACCCUCCGGCCCCCUCUUCUACUACUUCGGUUCCCGCUAUCGCUCAAAAGAAUACCUCUACGGAGAAGAAAUCGAAGCCUUCAUCCUCGACAAAACCAUCUCACACGCGGGACUCGCCUUCUCUCGAGACGGUCCUAGAAAGGUGUACAUCCAACAUAAGAUGCUCGACGACGCGGAGACGUUGGUAAAGAUGUUACAUCGCGAGAAGGGCGUGUUUUAUUUGUGUGGGCCGACUUGGCCAGUGCCGGAUGUGUUUGAGACGCUUGUAAAUGCGUUGGUGAAAUAUAAUGGGUUGACCGAGGCUGAGGCGGCUGCUUAUUUGGAGGGACUAAAGGAAGAAGAACGUUACGUACUAGAGGUUUAUUAGCUAUUCGGUAUAACAGACAGUUCGUGCCAAUACGCUGUUUGUAAACUACAUGUCUUCGUGCAAGUACAAUAUAGAGCCCUUACAGUUCAUUGUAGUGAAUCCUCGAAACAGAGCAAGAAAGAGAAGAGAGACGCAAGCCCAAGAAAACACAAGAAAGAACAAGACAGAGCGAGUAAGAGCAUUAGUAUUGCUUGUGCUUGCGAGCCAACCGAUACCAAUACAGGAGCCCGCCAACGAUCCCCAGUCCGACGACGACGACGACGACAAUAACAGCGAUCGCUUUCCCCUUGCUCAGAUUGCCGAUAUUGUGACUGCAUGGGAACGCAUCAUCACAGGGUUUACCGGAUGGUUUGACUCGAGCAUAUGCUCCAGGGUCCAGAGUUGUGUAGAACGGGUCUGACGAAUCGUUCAUGACAUGCAGUGCAGAUAGAGUGAGCAUCGGCGAAUUAAUAUCCAGCGCAGGCUCCGUUUCUGGCCAAUCAUUCCGAAUGUCGAAGUAUCGAUCUUGCUUAUCCGGUCCACCAAUAAUAGCUCCGUACAGCACGUACGCCUCCUGCGGGGGCUCAGUAUCAAUUUUAUUGACGUCGUUGCCACCACUCGAUAUUGCGGAGUGUGGGUUUUGUGGAGAAUUGGGGGAAGAGCCAACAAUGUACGGGCAGGACAUUGGGUUCUUUCCUAGUGCGUAGUUGAAUUGAGAAUUGGCGAAAGAGGUGUAGGCGGAUUUUUUGGAGUCCGUGCUUGCGAGUGGACUGUACAUAUAAAGCAACAUUGCGGCGUUGAGAGCCGGGUUUAGCGAAGCAUCGUUCGAAACUUUGUCAUAAUACAAGAGCCCGCCAUGGGUAGAAGAAGCUCCACUCUUUCCACUGAGAAUGCCGUCAAAGUACUUCUCUGCUUCGCUCUGCCACCUAGAGAAAUCACCACCGAUGUCCGGACGCGAUGAAGUCAAUUUCGAGAAUAAGACAACUAUGCCAGGUGUCUUCGUGUCCCAAUUGUAAGCAUCACCCGGUUGCAGGACACUAUUUUUGUAAAGGUUCUCUGCCUGGUUGUAGUAAUCCGUCGAAUUCGUAGCCACGGCAAGCAUGAGUGCGGCCAUUGUCAAUUCGUCAUGAUAAUCGGACGAAGCGUACGAGACAGCGAUCGUCGGCACAGAAUUCUGAUACAAUGUUUGGCCACCCGAUGCAUUUUCCGCAAAAUCAUAGAGGGUCUUAGCAUGCGCAAGAAGAGUCGACGCAUAGGAUUGGUUUUGGAGGGAAGCAGGACCCGAAGGACUGGACGAAAAUCGCUGUCCAGAGUACAGAGCAGAACAUGCGGAGAAUGCGGCUGACGCGCCGGCUGCUGCAUCCGUUCCAGGAUGUGUGUCGUUGAUCGGGUAUGAAAAUCGGGGAGUAGGUAUAUCCCGGUCUCCUCCCCAAUAAUUAUCAUCUGUUCUAGGAUCACCAACAAGAAUAACGAGCGUCCUGUUCGAUGGAUGAGCAUUCAUGAGCCAGUCGAGUCCCCAUCGUAACGUAGAAUCCAAAUAAGCCGUUUGGUUUGCCAGGUCAUAGCCUUUCCCGUAUUCCAUAGCUCCCCAACAAAUAGACAUUAAUGCAAAACUAAGAGGAAAAGUAGCCUUGAUAUAGUCUCCGGCAUCAUAAUAACCUCCACUCAAAUUAAGACCCAUGUCUUGUCCAUCGCCGAGGGAACUAUCGUUCCUCCAGCUGACACGGUUUGAGGCUGGCAAUUUACCUGAGCGCUGCUCAUCAUAAAAGUAUAUCACGUUUCCCAGAAGAUUGGACCACUGUUUGUUGGGGACCGAGUUGGAACCGGUGGGCUUUGAGGUGUCACUAGGACUUGGAGGGAGAUAUGGCGGGUUU